AUGGCCUCAUCUCUCUCAUCGCGGCCGCUGUCGCGUUUAUCGCUGUUGUCGCAAUUUAAUCACACGCAAACGAUGCUACUUCGCUGCAAUGCAUCGUUUUAUAAUCAUAAAUUGCAUAGCUCCAGGUAUCAAUCAAGACUAUCUGCGUCAGCUAGACGAUUUGGACAAGUGCCUUAUUUUCAGCCUAUUUCUUCGUUCAUAACACGUAUCCAGCACCGCGGUUAUGCAGAGCUUAAGCCAAGUGGCGGAAAGAGUGAGGCGGAUUUGAUUGUCGAAGAACUGCAGGAGCUAUAUGACAACGCCAAAGAUGAACUCGAAAUCGCCACAGACAGCACAAACAGCGCAACCAUCUAUGCAGCAUCAGACCGCGAAUCAGCCCGUGAACUCCUUGAUCAACUCGUCUACGUGUACAAAGUAUACACAGAAAUGACCCGCUCAUCAGCCGCCGGAACGCUCGAAGAAGUAGGAGCACUACCGCAGCAAGACGCAGAAACGGUAUCGCCGAACCCGAAACAGGCAAAUGCAGACCGUUUGGAUGCCGCGUCGGCGUUGAAUGCGGGAAAUCCGAUUGUCGAGUCUGGCUCGUUGAGCGGUAAUAGCUUUGUUGGGGUGGCGCCGAAUUAUGAUCCGGAGUAUGUCAGUGUGGGUGUGAAGGAGGAGGUGAGGAAGAGGGUUGGUCAGAGGAUUAGGGAGUUGGAGAGUGCCGUUCGGAGGCUGGAGGAGAUGGCGAGUCAUGAAUAG